AUAUUAUCCCCGUGAUAAUUAGUGCUGGAUCUAAGUCUAGUUAAACGUUCAGAAUUUUUUCUAUAAAUAUAAAAAUGACGGUCCAGUAUUUGUUUUAUUUAUAUCGGAUCAGCUGUACUGAGAUCAGCUGUACUGCGGGAGGGGGGCGGAGCGUCAGCGCGUGGGAAGCGUUGCUAUGGGAACGGUGCUGUUGGUAACGGCGGAGUGACGCGGGGAAAAUGUCUCCGGUGGAUCAGAACCGAACCGCGGACUGACCGCCGCUCAAAACACACGAGAGGAACAUGCACAUGACCCGACCCAAAUCCUCAAAAGGCCGCAGCAGAGCGAGGCUGACUCUGGGCCUGGAGGACGGUGUUCAUCAGGGCCACGUGUUUUUACCCCAUCCUCCUCUUCCUCAUCCUCCUCCGUUGUCUUCAUCCACAGAGGUUUCUCCAAGAACUGUCCUCAGACAGGCCGGCAGGUCCAGUGCAGAGGUCCUCACUGAAGUCUUUGCGGAGGAGGAGACGCUUCCAGUCCUGAACUUUAAUAAAUACAAGGUUCUUCCCUCUAUAGAGAAAAGGCCUGAGGCUGAGAAAUCGAUCAGAGGGGCGGAAGAAAAGACCUCGAGCCUCAGUCUGUCCGACAGCAGAGAUCAUCUUCACUUCGCCCAGCGCCUCUGUUCUCGCUCUGCAUCCAGGGGCGACUCGGAGACGAAGCGCGGGUCUGAGGAACAGCGCGGUCCUCCUGCGGCAGCAGACACGCGGAGGACGUCUCGCGGACACUCUGAGAGUGAGACAGGUGCAGGUGAUGCACAUCUGCUCCUCGCUAUUCGAACUCCACGCGGUCAAAGGUUCAAGUGCCAUUUCCAGCCCACAGACACUCUCCAGACCGUCGUAGCCGCCGCCCAGCUCCAAUCCGGAGAACAGUACCAACACGCGGUCAUCGAGACCAUGGAGGUUCCCCGGCAGACCUUCACUAAUCUGACCAGGAGUCUGUCUCAGUGCGGCAUCUGCAAUAAAUCACUUCUCAUCAUCAGCCUGGAGGACAGCGCUGUGGACUCGGAUUAGAACCCAAUGAUUAAAGGCUGGUUUUCUGGAUCGACACUAAACCCAGUGCAUUAUCUCCUGAUCCUGUUCUCUCUGCUCCAAUCAGCAGAUAAAUCUGAUGUUUUAUAUCAGAAAAACAGUCUAAUGUAAAAAGGCACAGGGUUGAGAAACACUGGCCAACUUAAUUAAAAGAUCAAUUCCGUCCCCAGUUUACACUGCGUUUACACUUCA